AUGAUUUUAUGUGAUUUUUUGUCGGAAAAGGAAAGUUUUGAAUGUUCACGAUGUUCUAAGACAUUUCCAUCUAAACUUCAAAUGCAAAAACAUAUGCCCCGUCAUAAGGAACAAACUUUAAAGUGUCCACACUGCAAUAGACAUUUUAUAUUCCAGUCCGAAGUGAAAAGGCAUAUGAGCGAAGUCCACGCACAGUCGGCAGAAACAUUCAAGUGUGAAAUAUGUGAUUUCACUUGCAAAACUAAAAGGACUUUAAAAAAUCACGGGGCUAGAGUCCAUACAAAGGACUUUCUGUACAAAUGCCAAAGUUGUGACAAAGGUUACAUGAGUAGGGACGCCCUUGAUACCCACGAAAAAAUCCAACAUCAAGGCGUACGUCACGUUUGCCAACAUUGUGGAAAAGUUUUUUUGACCGAAACAUGUUUUACAAAACACUGUAAAAGUCACGAUCCCGACCACAUAAAGGAAGUUUUUACUUGCCAAGUAUGUCUUGCUGUAUUGCGCUCGUAUUCUGGAUACUCUCGACAUAUGAAGAGACACAAUGGACAGUUGCCGAGUUAUGUGUGUGAUAUCUGUGGAAAAAGAGUAAACACAGCGGAAAGUUUGAAUUAUCACAAAAAAACGCACAUAGGGGAGAAGAAUUAUUUAUGUGGUAAUUGCGGCAAGGGUUUUAUCACAAAACAGACGCUGAUCGAACAUACCAGAGUCCACACGAAAGAACGACCGUUUCCAUGUUUGGUUUGUAGUAAACGAUUUACGCAGAAAAGUUCGCUUAAUGUACACAUGAGACGCCACACUGGCGAAAGACCAUAUGGGUUUACCACUCCAGAUGGCACUGGAAUUCUCAGUUGCUCACGUUGCCAGAAGACGUUCUCGUGCGCAUUUAAACUGCGCAAACACAUGUAUUUGCACAAUAAGACAGUUAAAUGUCUUUACUGCGAAAAAUAUUUCUCACAAAAGUACAUGAUGAUGACUCACGUUAACAAUGUGCACGUCACAGUAAGAGAAACAUUUAAGUGUGAGAUUUGCGACUACACGUCUAAAUAUAAAUUAUCAGUGAAAACACAUACAAUCAGAAAGCACACAAAAGACUUUGCCUACAAAUGCGAAACUUGUGGCAAAAAAUACCCAACGAAAAGUCAACUUGAAAUUCAUGAGAAAAUCAAUCACCAAGGUCUAUGCCAUGUUUGUAAAACUUGCGGGAAAGUUUUUAAGAGCGAAGGUUUUUUCAAAAAGCAUUGCAAAGCCCAUGAUCCUGAUUACAUCAAGGAGGUUUUUACCUGCGAAAUCUGCUCCACUGUGUUACGUAAAGCAGAAGCAUAUAGGAACCACAUGCAGAGACAUAGUGGACAAGCGAUUAAUUAUGUUUGUGAUAUAUGUGGAAAAGUUAUAACUUCUUUACAAGGUUUGAAGAAGCACAAGAGGAUACAUACGGGGGAGAAAAAUUUUCUGUGUGUAACAUGUGGGAAAGAUUUUGUUACAAAUCAGUCCCUCAUUAUGCACACGAGGGUCCAUACGAAGGAACGACCCUUUCAAUGCCUAAUUUGUACAAAACGAUUCACUCAGAAAUCUUCUCUUAAUAUUCACAUGCGGUACCAUACUGGGGAGAGGCCAUUCGAAUUUUGUGACUGGAUCCUGAAUAUUAAAUUUUGUCAGGAUCAAACGGCUUUUCAAGAUUUAACACCCGUUAUUUGUCUUAGUUGUCCAUGA